UUUAGAAAGAAAGUAAGAAAUAGCUUAUCGAUAAAACAUAAGAAAAAUGUUCUCAUUGUUAUCCUUGUCAGGUUUCUCGAUUUCCAUCAUGAAAGCGGAUCAAGCUAUUUUGCAACUUUUGGAUGCUCCAACUAAAGCUCCAGCUUGGCCUGUUGGUGUUGACAGUAGUCAUCCACCACCCAAGAUUCCUGUUCCAGUCCCUCCAUCUCAUUCUACAAAGAGUGAUGAGUCAUUAGGUUGGCCGCUUCAACUGAGUGAAGAAGGUCAGAUUCUUGAGGCGGCUAUUGAAGCAGUUGCAAAUGCAGUAAUCAAGAUCGUGGAUAGUUUGAAUGAGUGGGACAGUAGAGCAGGUGAUGGUGACUGUGGGUCAACAAUGUAUAAAGGUGCAGCUGCGAUAUUAGAGGACUUGGAAACGUGAGUCUUAUUUUACUUUCUUCUUCUUCUUAAAAUUAAAGGAAAAUAUUAGAACAGAAAGAUA